GUAGUCAUUAUGCAUUGUCGGUGCUUGAGAAAAUGCCGCAAAGGCCACGGAAAACUCUCGAUACCUUAAUCAACACCAAUAAUCCGCAUGCAUUGGAUCUCAUUCAUAGGUUAUUGAUUUUCGCUCCCCAUCGACGUUUGACUGUCGAGCAAUGCUUGGUUCAUCCAUAUGUUCUACAAUUUCAUAGUCCUGCCGACGAACCAGUUUUGCCGUACGAUGUGAAUCUGCCGUUGCCUGAUCACAUCCAAUUAUCGAUUGAUGAUUAUCGGAACAAGUUGUAUGAUAUGAUGAAUCAAAAGAAGACGCACAUCCGACGGAUACAACACGAUAAAAUCAAACUAGUUAGAGCAGCGCCAAUAGCACAAGCCGAGUGCAGUGAUACCGAUUACGAUACGGCCAGAAGUAUGGCUCGAGCGGCGAGUGUCGAGAAGAACGGCAGUCUGCAUAGUGGCAGUACUCUUAGAGAACGUGCGCAGUCGGCUGAUUCACGGUCGUCCAAAGGAAAUGGGAUGACGAAAGGUCGGCGACGUUCGAUCGAGCGGCCACGGAUGUUCAGGGGAAUUACGCCGAGCCGACUUAUGCACCCACAUAAGCUUAUCUCGAAUUAUUGA